GCAGUUGUUUUGAUACAUACAACACAGGCUGACUUGUAGUGCUAUUAUGUGCUGUCAAUUUUUCUCUGAACUCGGGAAAAGAAAACUUGAUAAAAUAAACGCAAAAUUGCAUGAAAAACUAGGGAUAAAUAGAAGAUAUGGAACAACAGGAAGCAUCGAGCUCGAGGAAGCGUCGCCCGGACAAGGAUUUGGCCCCGUAUGAGCCCCAGGCGAAGGUUUUCCAAGCAGAGCACAUUUUCAACAUUAGCCACUUUAGCGAUGAAAUUCUCCUGGAGAUCCUGAAGCACCUGGACAGCGAAUCCAUCUAUAGCUUUGGCUGCACUUGCACAAGGUUCAAGGACCUCACAAAAGAUAAGCAACUGUGGCAGGUGUUUGAUUUUGAUGCCAUACCACUGUCUGGUAUUGAAAUCCUCCGCAGGAUGAGAUACAUAAACUGCGAGACGAGAGUCUUUCGCAUAAGAGGACUUCAGGGAACAUAUCCGGCUAGCAAUUGGAGGAAUGCUACAAUCACAGAGCUCAUGUUAACAAUGUUGACUGAUAUGUGUCCUAAACUCGAGGAAUUCUCCCUGACGCAUGGAUUUCUGAAUACUUCCAAGAUCAACAUUCUGAAAUUCCCAAAGACACUGAAAACGGUGACCUUCCGCAGUUGUUCCGUGUCUUUCCCCCCGCGGCAGCAUCCAUUCUUCAGCAAAAUCGAUCAGCACUUGGAGCAAUUGCAGAAACUUGCCCUGGAAUUCUGCGACUGGUUCGAAACACACGAUCUUAUUCUCUUUUCCAAAAUCCCAAAUCUCCAGGAUUUGAGCUUGAGGGGCUGUGGAUCUCUGAAAGACUGCGUUCCCUACGGGAGUCUGGCUUCGCGAUUUGGCUUCAAGAAACUCGAGAGACUCGAUGUUCGCGAAACACCCAUAUCGGAUAGCGACAUUCAGUGCUUCAAUGUCACAACAACACUGAAAGAACUUCUCCUUGAGCGCCCCACGCGCCAAUCUCUCAUGGAGUCCACGCAGGCACCACCCAUGGCGGUGGCAGAGGAUGAGAGUCUCGAUGGGGCCGGCAGUAGCACCAGCAGGCCUGGAAUGUCCCUCGCGACAGAUAUAAUGGUGCCCAGACUUCGGAGACGCUUCACAAACAUUCCAGGUGGUGGUGGGGAAAUACGCGUGGAAGCACUUCAAACUCCGGGAAGACCACAGCCUCCCAUCCAAAAUUACGGGCCAAUAAUUAUCCUGCCAGGGUUCCUGAGUGAUCAAAUAUCUGCAAAUGUGCCCAACGGGGGAAAUAAUCCCAUUCUCGUAGCUUCCAUAACUGAUCGCGGAAUUUGUGGCUUUGGACUCUCACGGAAUCCUGUUCUGGAAGGUGUUGUGUGGAUCCGGGCAGAAUGGCGAAAUCCCAAUACCUACAUUGAACGUCUCGUAAUUAGAUUUUAUAAAUUUGUAACAGAUGCCACCCUCCGACAUUUGGCCACAUGUUCGCCAAGAUUAAAGUAUCUGGACAUCACGGGAACGGGCAUCACACCUCAAGGUAUUGACGAAUUCAAAUUCCUAAAGCCCGAAUGUACAGUCGUUGCAGAACAUCUACCAGCAUCACAAUUCCUCAAAUGAUGAACUACGUCUCUAUUUGGAGAUAUUUUAAAUUUCACUAAAUUUUAGUAAUUUAAAAGGAAAAAAAAACUUCUUGAAUAUAAUUGAAACUAUAUAGAACUAGAAAUAAUAAGAGAAUUUUGUGCUGUUUGUCAAAUUUAUGCUUUAUUAUUGUGAAUAUUGGUCGUUUGUAGAAUAUAAAUCGGAUUUUAUGUAACAAUUACAACCUAUAUACUAUCUUAAUAUGUAAUUAAAUAGCAUGAAUAUUUAGGAUAAUAUGUAUAAGUAAAAUCAAUCAUCAUAUAUACGGAGGAAGCAAUAAAAAAACGCAGAUGAAUUAUAA